AUGGCCAUAGCUCGUUACACAGCUGUUGCCUACAACAACAAUCCAUCCACUAUCAGCUGUGCCCGCCUCCGCGGCCGCAACGUUCGCGACGCCGCCGUGACGUUGCGGCACGGUGGAGUUAAAGGUACGGAACGCCCAUUUCCGUUCCGUUCGAGGCCUUUAAAACCUUACCGGCGUUCCCACCAUCCACAUUGUCAGUUCAUCGAGCUUCCAACCAAAGCAACCAUGAGCUCCUCACUCACUUUGUUCGUACUCGCUCUCGUUCUAGGAUACUGUAAGUUCUACUUUGCUAUUUCGAUUUAGUGGUGGUUUUUGAAAGCAAAGUACUGUUAAGUCAAUAGUACCUUAUCAUUCUUGAGAGCCUUUACAGCAUACUUUAACCUUUUUCUACUACAAUAUUAUCCUGUAUUUCAACCCAUGGUUAACACAGUGUAUGUACGACACUUAAAAUCAAUCACAAUAUCUUUUCAAACCCUAUAUUUAUAUUUUUUAGCAUCUGCCUCUUCUCCAUGCCCCGAAGGCUGGAGGUAUUCCCCAUUCACCAGCAAAUGCUACAAACUCUUCUCAGACAAAACCAGCUGGACCACUGCCGAAUACAAAUGCGCCUUCCAAGGAGCUCACCACAUCUCCGUUCAUGACGCCACUGAUAACCAGUUUGUUGCCGGUAAGUUAUUCUACUAAACUUUUCCCUUCUUAAUCUAUUUUUUUGGAAAAUAAUGCUCAAUGAUUAGGCAUAUAAGUAUUGUACCUACAUCAAUACGUUAGGCAGAGUCUUUCAGAGCUAUACAAACCUUAAAAAGGUCUUCUUGUUAACCUUGUUUUAACUCUUUUUGUACCAAAUUCUAAUCAAAACCAAUAUUCAGAGCUUGCCCGUCAAGCGAACAUUGUCUGGCUCGGAGCCGUCCAGUACGGUACUGACCGCGAGUACACCUGGGCCGACCACACUCCAUUCGGAUCCUUCGAGAACUGGGAGAACGGCCGUCGCCCAACCUACCACAAGGGCAAGAAAUGCUCGAAGUUCGACGGAAUCACCGGCAAAUGGAUCCAAUCCUGCUGCAAGGUCCCAGCCGCCUUCAUCUGCUCCAAGCCUGCCGCCGUCCUCCCCGACGCCAUCAUCGAAGACGACACCGGCAUCAACGAGGACUUCCGCCGCACCCGCCUCGCCUUCAGAAGACGUGUCUGA